AUGUCUAUUGGAAGUAUGGUGUGCUGGAACUUUGGAGAUCAGGUGCGGAGCAGGGACUUUCGGUACCUUCUCCACUGUGUUAGUGUUCAGGAAAAAGAUCAGCUUAUGCAUGACCUCUGGGAGCAACACACUGAGGAGAUGAAGAUUUAAACUGUAUGCAAUAAGGAUUGUACUGUAGAAUUUCAGCCAGGUGCGGACAUGUCAUGGCAGAGCUGGGCUGCCAAUGAACUCAACCAAGCAGCUAAAUAUCCUUCCCCUUAUGCCAAUGUGCAUAAAGGUAACAUAUGCACCAUGGGUGGAAGUAUUGGUUUCAGUGACAAUGACACCUUGAAGUCCUUCACUUCAGAGAAAAGAAAGUCACAUGUUGAAAAGUUAAGAAAUUUUAUGUCUUCUCUUUCUUCUAGUUUGACAGAAAAAAACAGGCAUGCUAGAAAGCUACAGUUCAUGGCUGAAAAUGGCAUCCGACAGCUAGGACCCCAGGGGAGUUUGCUGACUGGUUGAGGUUAGAACCAAUCCAUUGUGAGAUCAAUGCUUGGCAGCACUACCUUGAUCUUCUUCACUUGGAAGCAGUGAUGCGAAAUAUAUUUGACCCUUUUGUUUCUGUUUUGGCAGCACCCUUGGGUAGAGGAGAUGAAGAUGACAUUGAUGAGGUACAACUGCAAAAGUCGCUUGUGAAGAUUUCUAGCCUUGAGAGUGUUGGUGAGCGUGCUAGACAGCAAGACCUUUUAUAACAAUCUGAGGAGGAACUGAGACAAACUCCUUGAAAAGGCAGGUAAUGGUAGUGUGAGGAAAGCUUCAGGUAAGAGGGGAUGUGGGCUUGGGUAUCUUGCCUUAAGAGUUAGGUAUCACUACAGCAAUGAAUCUAACAGAUAUAACAAGUUGUCAGUGAGACUGAUAGGCAAUCAAGCAACUGCCUUGGCAAGAUAUUCCUUGUUGACACUUUAAAAUGUGAAAAUGAAACAGAGGCACAGAAAGCCAAACGACUGGCUCUUGGAAAAAUAGGUGAGUAUUUGAGAAAUGCUUGGGGACUUUUUAACAGAAUUGAGACUAAGUUGCAGAACUGAAGGAAGUGUCCGAAAUGUAUUUCAAUCUCAUCUCUUUGUUUUGUCCUUCCAGUGUGAAUGUCACAACGUGGACAGUUGGAUAUGCUAUUCCCUAUCACGCAAAUUUGUUGUUUCAAUUAUAUUAG